AAAGAGUGUCCUAAGAUUCUCGCACAUUUUCUCCAUCAUAGCAUCUUGUUUUCCAUGGCUGUCUAACCACUCCUAACCCCUUUCAUAAAAGCUUUUGUGACCUUUUGGCACCACCAGCUUCCCCACCGCCACCUCUUCCACUAACAUGACCGCCGCUCGAUUCACCGUGCUCAUCGUUGCGGCCUCGCUCCUCGCGGCGUCUUGCGAGGUCUCUAGCCAGGCCCCGGCCCCCGGGCCGUCGGCCGACUGCUCCAACAGCCUGCUCAACAUGUCGGACUGCUUGACGUACGUGGAGGCGGGGAGCAACGUGACGGCGCCGGACGAGAAGUGCUGCCCCGAGCUGGCGGGGAUGGUGGAGAACAGCCCCGCCUGCCUCUGCCAGCUGAUCGGAAAGAACAACAGUUUCGGGAUCGACAUCGACGUGAAUCGAGCUCUCAGGCUUCCCUCGGCAUGCGACGUUGUCACCCCGCCCGCCAGCUUGUGCGCAGCCGUUGGGGUCCCAAUUUCUAGCGAAGGACCUGCCGCACCAGGAACCCCAUCAUCUAACAAGGACAGCGGAGCUCCUACCUCGUACUGUAUUGUGUCGACUUUCGCCUUGAUGUUCGGUUUACAGAUAGUCGCCCUGUCGAUAUUCUCUUGAUUUCGCAUCACUCAUAUACAAUCGAUUUUUAUGAUUUCUUUGUUAUCGAAAGAAUUUCUAUAUCUGAUGUAAAAUAAGAUUAUUUAGUUCC